AUGACAGAGAUCUCAACUGAGAGAUCGUUGCGUUUCUCGGUGUUAUUCUGUUCAAUAUUUUUGCAAUUUAUUUCAGGCUAUUCGGAUGAUUCAUCAAGUCCCAUAAAUAGGACAAAAACCAAAUCCCAUUCACCUUCUCAUUCUGGAGGCAGCACAGGAUCCAGGAGGAUGAUGAGCUUGAGCUUGAGCUUGGUCUUCGGGAUUGAGCUUGCUUCCUAUCUGUACAUCAAUCUCAUUAAGCUGAUUCGGGUUGGCGGAAGUCCAAAAUUUUCAAUUCUUGGUUGUAGCUUGUGUAACAAUAUUGAUUGA